GAAUAUCAGAAAACAAAAAACCACGCGCGGCCCUUUCUUUCCUGUUCUUGUUGGUCUGUUCCAUGAAAGUAAUUACAGUGAUGAUUUCGAGAAACACACACUCACUCUGCUUCCAUAACUUGUACCAUAUGCUACGUUUGUAGUACAUUUCUGCUACAUUCUUCUUUCUUUAAUUGAAAUUUUCCUUUCAGCUAUCAGUAAGCAUUUGAGCUGAAUACAAAAUCAUCAGAUUCCCAUAUGUCUAAGGUUUAUCGCGUUAAAGUUCUUCGUAAGAGAGUAGAGAGGGCUGAGCGGAAGCGAAUGCAAAACUAUAAAGUGCACCCGGAGCGACUAUCUUCGCUUGAAGAAUUGCUUAAUGAGAUUUAUACAAUUUGCCGCCCUAAAACAAGUGAUUAUGAAGUUAGGAGAGAUUUGGUUUCUGUCUUCAAUGAGAUAGCAAAGGAUAUCUACGUUCUUUUUUCAGGGCGUUCUGGUAAUAUUCCUGUUGUGGAGGAGUUUGGAUCUUUCGUGAUGGAUCUAUUCCAUUCAAAGAGUGACCUAGAUCUAUCUGUUAAUUUUGACAACAGUUCAGUUAAGGUUUCACAUGAGAAGAAGAUUCAGACUCUCCGGAAAUUUGCAAGGAAGUUAUAUGCACUUCAAAGACAAAUUUUAGAAGAAAAGUUGAUUAACUGCUCUGAUUGUUUUCUAGGAGAUGGGCAUGUUUCUGGCGUUCAUCCAAUAACAGCUGCCAAGGUGCCCAUUCUGAAAGUUGUUGAUUGUGGAACGAAAAUUGAGUGCGAUAUAUCAGUUGAAAACAGGGAUGGAGUUUCAAAGUCUAAGAUAAUCCACAUGAUUUGUUCACUCGAUGAAAGGUUUCAGAAGCUGAGCUUUUUGAUGAAAGCUUGGGCAAAAGCUCAGAAUAUUAAUAGCUCAAGAGACAAAACUUUGAACUCAUUAUCUAUAAUACUUUUGGUUGCUUUUCAUUUACAGACACGAAAUCCUCCAAUACUACCGCCAUUUUCUGCCAUAUUAAAAGAUGGCUCUGAUCCUGAUUCAGUGGAAAAGUCGUUGAAUAAGUUUGUGAACUAUGGGAAGAGCAACAAAGAGUCAGUGGCUGAGCUGCUAGUUACUUUAAUAAUCAAGUUAUUAUCGGUCGAGAAACUAUGGGACAAAGGACUAUGUGCAAGCACCUAUGAAGCAUCUUGGCUAUCUAAAACAUGGGAUUCUAAAGUUUGCUGCAUCAGUGUAGUUGAGGAUUUCACAGAUCAAUCUCAAAAUGUCGCAAGGGCUGUUGGGAAAGGAGAAGUAAAGCAGAUAUACAAGUGUAUCCAGCGUACUAGCGAAUACAUCUCUGCUUAUAUGGAUGGCCUUGUCGAAUUACCAGCGUUAAGAUAUCAAUUAUUCCGCCAUGCUGCUACUCCCUUUCAAGUGGAUUCUCAGACAAGUAACAUUGAAGAAAAUGGAAAUAGCAUUGCACUUCCUUGUAGAGAUAUCAUGAAUAAGGAGGAUCAAAGUACAGAAGGCCAGAAAGAAAGUCAGGGGGCUAUACCUUCUGAACCUAUCACGACGAAAAGGAAAUGGUCUAGCGAAGGUUGGGAAGGAUUAGCUUCUGAACCUAUCACGACCAAGAAGAAAUGGUCAACCGAAGGUUGGGAAGGAUUAGCUUCUGAACCUAUCACGACUAAAAGAAAAUGGUCUACCGAAGGUUGGAAAGAAUUACCUUCCGAACCUAUCACGGCUAAAAAGAAAUGGUCUAGCGAAGGUUGGGAAGGAUUAGCUUCUGAAUCUAUCACGACCAAGAGGAAAUGGUCUACCGAGGGUUGGGAAGGAUUAGCUUCUAAACCUAUCACGACCAAGAGGAAAUGGUCUACUGAAGGUUGGGAAGGAUUAUCUUCAGUGAGUUGGGGACUGUCAAAGGAGGACGGUGUACAACCUGACUCUCUCUGGACAAAAAGAAAAAGAUCAGAAGAAACCACAGGAGGAACUUCUUCUGCUCAAUGGUUGAGAAAAUCAGACACAAAACGUUGGUUCGCAAGAAAGAACAACAAUAAGUGUGCACCUAAGGCUAAGAGGUCAAACACACAUACACGAGGUUGGGGAGGAAGACGAUGAACCAUUUGAUUCGACGGAUUUGACCUCUGGUUGGGUGAAUAGCUAGCUAGCUUUGCCUGGUUAUCAUUCAUACCAACUUCUUUGAUUUGUCCUCGUUCAUACGCCAGAAGUAUCAUCUGCCCAUCAACUUUUACAUUCUUGCUAGGACUUAGGAGUAUCUUGUAUGAGCUAGCUUCCCCUUGUUAUCCUCUUGCUUUGUACUUGUUUUGUUAGGACAUUUUUGUACAGGCAAUGACCUAACAAAAUGGAGUAUUAACUGCUCAAUGUACAUUAAUUCUGUGUACCUAAUGAACAUCAAGGAGUGGAAGUGUAACAACUAUAACGUAAUCGUUA